AGCUGCUCUCCCACCCUUCAUGUAGCUUCGCCUCUAGGAAGAAUUGACCAAUGUGACCAUAGCUUUGUGGUAGGUAACUUAACGUUCGAAACAACAAAGCCUUGAGUUCGAAUAUUGGUCAUCACUACCCUCCUCUGUUUCUUCCAAUAAUUAUUUGAUUUAACAUUAGUGGCAAAUGCCAUCUCUUUUUAAACAAAAAAAAACUGUUGGUGUGGUGGAUGGAAUUUUAAAAAGUGUUUUUAUUCGUAUCUGAGUUUUAGGUUUGGUUUGAAUAAUAGGUUUCGAGAUCCUUCCUUUGGCUAUAGCAAACAACUUAUUUCGUGUCUCGUCUUGAGAUUACUUUUUAGGUUUGAUUUUUCUUCUUCUUCUUCUUCCAAAUAUGGUUUAUUUUCAUGUCAGCCAAUAAAUGGUUUAAAAUAGGCGAAGUAAAAACGCAAAAAGAGGAGGUUGGUGACUUGUACUCAACUGCUACAAAAUUCUCCUCUGUAUUUUUGACCCUCUCUAUACUAGACUAAACUCUACUUACUUGCACCACAAGUCUUGAAAUUGUCGAUAGACGCCUAAAUAGAUGUAUGUAACUAUAUAAAAUGAUUUAUACUAGUAUCUUCUUGUGAUCUCUAAAAAUGGCGUUGUCACACAUGAUAGACCUCCGGAUAUCGGUUACCCUUGUUGUUGUUUUCUUCCUUUUAACUACAUUUCCAGGUAUCGCUUACGGUGACGAAGACGAUUCAGAAGGAGGUGGAGGUGGCGGGCCAGGGUUUGGCGGUGGUGGCACAGGUGUGGGAGGCGGAGGGAUAGGCGGUGGCGGGCCAGGAUUUGGCGGUGGUGGAACAGGUGUGGGAGGUGGAGGGAUAGGCGGUGGUGGCACCGGUGUGGGAGGUGGUGGUACUGGAUUUAGCGGUGGAGGGACGGGUUUAGGUGGAGGAGGAUUGGGUGGCAGUAGCGGUGGAGGGACAGGUUUUGGAGGAGGAGGACUAGGCGGCGGCGGAGGGACAGGUUUUGGAGGAGGAGGACUAGGUGGCGGCGGUUUAGGUGGGAACGAUCCACCGGAGAUAGUUGCGAAAGCUUUGGAAUGCUUAAAUGAGAAACACAUCUACAGAGAAUGCGAGGAUGCAUGGAGGCUAACUUUAAACGGAGACCUGAACAUUCCGGUGGCGAGGGCGGAUGAGUUCUGCGAGGGACCAUGCUUCUCCGAAACACAUUUGGCUUUGAAUUGCAUUGAUGAGAUUGUUCACCACUUCAGAUUCUUCAACAGAGCCACCGUUUACAACAUCCGUGAAACCCUCAAGUCCGGCUGCAGCUACGGACCUGAACGAGGCAUUUUCAACGUUCUAGAGCACAUCGAAGAUGAAGAAGAAAAUGGAAAUGAGAGAAUGAAGGCAAGGUCUGGACCGUUGCUUGGGACUGUGUUGUUCAUCAUUGCCUUGCUUCUUUAAGAGCUGUCUUAAUGUUUAAUCUUUAGCUAUUAUCUUAUAGAUGUUGCUUAUUUGACAAUUACAAUAUAUAUAAAUCGAUCUCUUUGUAUCUACGGAGAGACUAUCUAAUCGAGGAGUACGUUUAUAUAUAGUUUUUUCUUUCUUGUUUAAGAAAAACAAAAUUUGUGUUGUUUGUAUAAAAGAUAUUUUACGAAAAGCCAGUUUAGUGUUGUGACUAGUUUUGUAGGUUCAUAGUCAUUUUAUUACUUCAAAAUUAAACAUAUUAAGGAAUUGGAUUAUUUAAAAGUCGUCAAGUUUCCAACAGUUGGAUCUACCAUUCUCUCCAAUUGUGCUAAGCUUUGAAAAGAAUUAUCAUAUGCUGAUCCAUUAUAGUAUAUGAAUAUAAUUUAGCUCUACUAACAAAAUAGUGAAAAAAUAGGUCUAGAUCUUCUUGUGUGUGUGUGUGUGUGUAAGAGAAUAUACCGUUUCUCAGUAUUAUAAUAUCGAACGCAUAUUCGCUUUUAUUAAUUUGGAGCAGCUAGACAGUCACUUGAAUCUAAAGUACAAUUUGAUUGGCUAUGGGUUAAAGUCUUAAAGAUCCAACUUCUGUCCGCCUUUAAAUUUUCAUAUGAUCAUGAUGCGUUUCACACAAAUACCGAUUGUAAUAUUGUACCAACGUUUUCUCCCUUUUUGGUAAAUCGUGUGAACGGUAACUUUAAUUUGCUUUAAGCUAAUUGUGGUAAAAUAUCCAAGUAUGUUUUUCAUUCUCUUCUUAAUCUAUAUACGCAUAAUCGUAUUUGUUCAUAUCAUAGUGAAUCUUUGGGUGCUUAUUUACCUUAUUAUAAUUUGUCUUUUUAAUGAUGGACACAAAAUGAAUCCAAAAUUGAUAAUUUUGUGUGUCCUUAAAUCUCAACUAAUACAAAUCCCAUGAUCCUAGUUUCGCAGGAUAUACAAUUAAUUCAAUCAAAACGUGAUCAAGUUGAUCGCACAAUGUAAACAAAUUACAAUUAGUGCAAUUAAUGUUUUUUGGUGAAUAAGUCGAUUGCCUUGGCCAUUGCAUAAUAUGAUUUAUUUCUAAUUGUGCGUUUUACAUCUCUAAAAAUAUGAUUUCUUUUAUGAGUUUUUUUUCUGAACAUUUCUGAUGAGUAUACUAAUACUAUAACACAAAAGAGAACAUACAAAUUAGAGUUCCACAAAUCAUAAACAUUUUAGUUGUCUUGUUUUGUCUUUCUAAUUGAAAGUUUCCUUUUAAGAUUUUUAAAAUACAAGAAAGAAAUCAUAUAUUUUGUUCGUCAUGAAAAGAUAAAUUAUUUCUAAGACAAAACAAUUUUGCUUUCUGGAGCUAUGCAGUACAACUGUACAAGUGUAUAUGAUAUAUGGUUACAUGAAGGACAUGUCGAUGAAUGAAAAUAGGUAGGGUUAUUGAUUGCUCAAGUGCUCAUAUGCAAGACAAAGCGUAUUUAUGUCAAAGCUCGGAUUUAUGUAAGUUGGUGAGAGGAUCGCAGGAUCCUUAUGGACCUGCAUGGCUAUUACAGUAACCUCUCUCUUUACACAUCUUAUUUAUGCAAACGGACCCUUACAUAUGGACCCAAAUUAAAUUUAUAUACAAUAUUUUUUUUGACUAA